CUCGGGUGUGCUGGUGAGGUCAGAAUCAGCGCGCACGAAGACUAUGAUCAGUGGGCGAUAGACAUCUUUGUCAAGUUCCACAAUGAGGAGAAGCUGCAGCUUCUGACAAGGGAGCAUCAAUCAGGAGGCGAACGCUCACUCAUGACGAUCUUGUACUUGAUGAGCUUGAUAGAGGAGGCUCGUGCACCGUUCUCUCUCGUCGACAAAAUUAAUCAGGUGCAUUGCUUCAUCGGUAUGGAUCAACACGCCGAGUGUGCAAUUCAUAACUCCCUGGUUGAAUUAACCUGCAAGGCCGAUAGUGGGCAAUACUUCAUCAUCACACCCAAGCUGCUGCCUGAUUUUGACUACGCAGAGUGUAUGAAGGUACUAUGCAUGAAUAAUGGUGAGUGGCUGCCAGAUGAGAUGUGGGGCGACAACAUGAUGAACAUGAUCGAGGCGUACGUGAAGCACAACCACUCCAAGGGGUUCAUGUAG